AUGGAGGACAGCUCCACCCCACCCCUCCCGUUAUACAAAUACCUGCGCCCGACGGUUGAGCCAACCCCGGGCUCCCCUUCGUUAGACGAGUCCUCGCGCCUUGAGCGCAAGACCUUCUUCGACGUCGUCCUGGACGACCGCCACCUCCUCCUUGCAAAGGCCUUUGUCGACGGCGGCUUCUCAAUCAACCGGCAGCGAGCGGGGGAUGGCGCCACCCCCCUCCACAUCGCCAUCGCCCGCCGCGCAAGCCUCCUUUCCGAAUGGCUCCCCUCCUCCUCCUUUUCAGCCGCGUUCUCACCCGCGUCUUCCCUUUCCGAUAGAAACUCUGCGAAUUGUGACAAAUGCGACAGCCCGAGGGGUCUUCCCAUGGACAUCCCCAACCUGGGAAUGCUGAUCUUUUUGAUCCACAACGGCGCGGAGUUGAACGCGCGGACAGGGGGGGGGGUCACCCCGCUGAUGGUGGGCGCCGCCGCCGGGAAUGGGCCCGGGGUGCGAUGGUUGCUCGAGAAUGGCGCCGAUUCCGACAUGCGGGAUGGAGCGGGGUCGUCUAGCCUGCGUUACGCCAUUGGCGAUCCGGCAAUUAUGGAGAUCUUUCGCGAAUACCUCGGCGAGGACGUCCUUCGUGCACGCGUGCAGGGGGAAAGACUUCUUCAUGUUGUCUGUACAACCCCUGGCUGGCGCUUUCCCAUGCUCUACCUCCUCGAAGAGCUCCACCUCAGCCUCUCGUCCGAAUCCAAUGUCGUGGAAAAGGAAAAUGAAAGAGGAAUAGAAGGCGAAAAGGAAAGAACUUGCAGAGGAGGGAACGACCCCUUCGACUUGGCGGUCCGCAGCGGGGACGUGGCGAUGGUGCGGGAGCUGCUCGCGAAGGAUCCCGAAGAGCCCGCGCGGUGGAUGGCAACAAUCCCCCCAAGGGUAUAUUCUCCUUUUUCUCCCAUUCAAAUGCUCAAUAAAACCCCGAGGCUUCGCCGGGCGAUGCUUGAGCGAUGGGAUGGGGUGAAGUAUUGGUGGGAUUACUGGAGGCUGCGUUGGUGGGAGCGAAGUGAAGGAGAAGUCAACCACCACGGCGUCCAACGGCUCCUUCACGUUUACGCCGCCACCCCCUCCCAGAGCCGCCGGAAGACGCUUCUCGAGGAGGGAAAGAGUUGGAUAGGGAAUCACGGCAGCAACCUCCGCGAUGGGCUUCUGCUUUUUCUUCUUCCGCACGCUUUUUUAUACCUCUGGUGCUACGUAAUCGAGUGGCUUGCAGCGAUGCCACUGGCAGUGUGGAUCGUUUUAAUGUGGUUUUUGCGCAUCAAAAAGGCGGAUGAAGAAGGAGUGAAGAUGGGUCACUUCUCAUGCCGAAGCGUCUUUUUCGUCAUCGGCUUUAUAAUAGCGCAAGUUGCGAACCUACUGUACUUCACUGUAUUCUGUUAUUACGAUGCUCAUGACAUUAAUCAAUAUUAUCAAUCACUUUUUUACUGGCUCAUCCCCUCUGCGGUGGUGAUGGUGCUGAGUCUGCUGACGAUGUUCAUUAAGUCGCCAGGGGUGGUUUCCUCGACGCUAGGGCAGCGAAAAGGGAUUUACUCGAUGCUCAGGAAGGUCGCUAAAGGGGAGAUUCCUUCAAAGGAUUUUAUCCACACCAUCGCUUUACAGGGGAUGGCCAAAAAACCUCUUCGGGCGCAGUGGUGCCCGCAUUUGAGGCGUGUUGUAUUACGGUAUGAUCAUUAUUGCGCGUACCUCGGGAAUAGCAUCGGGGCGAGGAAUCAUAAAUAUUUCCUGCUAUUUCACUUCGCCUACCUCUCUUUAUUGGGAUCCUUUUACUACUACGCGUUGUUUUACCAAAAAGUAUGUUUUAUCGCUUCUUAUCUGCUAAAGAAAUUGUCGGAUAGGCACAAAGAGAAGCCGGGAGAGUUUGAAAUAGCGCGUUUUGCUGGAAACUUGUGCGUCUCAAGUCCAAUCGAUCGCUUUGGUUAUCUUUAUACACAGCUUGUCCUCCCGUUAAUGAUGCUUUUGGUUGCAUACACACUGAUAGAUCAGCUCCUACAUAUCUCACGCGCCCUCACCCUCUUCGACAUACAGCACGUAGAAGACGAAAGCAGAGUGUAUUGUCUUCGCAUCGGAAAUGAUAUUCAUAGUCUUUUUGAUACAGGUUCCAGGUUCCGGAAUAUCAUAAAUUUUUUUACCAAGCCGCUCGACGAGAUCGUCUACUUAGCUCCUCAAAUGAAUGCGUAUUUAAAAAAAAAGGUAUUGAUGCAUCAACGGUGGAAUCGAGAAUCCUGCAGCUGCUCGGGAAAGUGCCAUUCCGAAAAUAACAUCGCAAUUCAACCCUCGAUCAAUGACAAGAUUAUAUCUGAGGAAGGAGAGCGUAAGUAA